UGGAGGAGGAGGAGCUCAGAGGGCAGUUCCAGACGGCCGAGGAAUAGCGGGACUGGGCUGGAGGCGCCUCCGGUGCUCCUCCCGGUCACUCAUCCCGCACAUCCCAGCACCCAGCCCCCGGAGCCGCCCUCCAGCUGGGGAUGCGGGAGCCGUCCUGACACCGACCACUCCACAGAGCCUUUUUUCCUUAGGUUGACGAGGGAUUUGGCGGCGAAGUUUUGAUGACCUAAUUUUCCAGGCAUCUGAACAUCCUGAGGGGCUGCUGAGAUGUUUGAACAAGCCUUGUUUCCCAUUCUCCUUUGUGUGGCUCUAGUUCCUCUCCAUGCCGCUCAGCUUGAUGUGGAUGGUGGAGAUGUCAGUCCUACCUCCUGUGCAGAAAAGAGGAACUGCCCCAUCAAUGUCUACUUCAUCAUUGACACCUCGGAGAGCGUGGCUCUGCAGACUGUGCCCAUCCAGAGCCUCGUGGACCAAAUAAAGCGCUUCAUCCCCAUGUUCAUCGAUAGACUGGAGAGUGAGCUCUACCAGAAUCAAGUCUACAUCACCUGGCAGUUUGGUGGGCUCCAUUACUCAGAUGUGGUAGAAAUUUACAGCCCAUUGACAAGCAGCAAAGACAUUUACCUGCCCAGGUUGUCUGCCAUCAAUUACCUGGGCCGGGGCACCUUCACAGACUGUGCGAUCUCCAAUAUGACCCAACAGAUCCAGACCCAGAUGGCCAACGGCGUGAACUUCGCGGUGGUCAUCACCGACGGCCAUGUAACGGGCAGCCCCUGUGGGGGGAUGAAGAUGCAGGCUGAGAGGGCACGAGACAUGGGCAUCAAGCUGUUCGCAGUGGCCCCCAGUGAGAAGGUGUACGAGCAGGGUCUGAGGGAGAUCUCUAACCUGCCACAUGAGCUGUACCGCAACAACUAUGCCAUCACCCAGAGGGACACCCUGGAGAUUGAUGUCAACACCAUCGACAGGAUCAUCCAGGCUAUGAAACAUGAAGCCUACGGUGAGUGCUACAAGAUGAGCUGCCUGGAGAUUGCAGGGCCACCUGGUCCCAAGGGAUACCGAGGGCAGAAGGGUGCAAAGGGGAACAUGGGUGAGCCGGGUUCCCCUGGGCUGAAGGGACGACAGGGUGACCCAGGUAUUGAAGGUCCGAUUGGAUACCCUGGUCCCAAGGGUGUCCCAGGGCUGAAAGGAGAGAAGGGAGAAAUUGGAUCUGAUGGACGGAGGGGUGCCGCUGGCUUGGCAGGAAGGAAUGGCACAGAUGGACAGAAGGGCAGGCUGGGGAGAAUUGGACCACCAGGAUGCAAGGGUGACCCUGGUGACAAGGGCCCUGAUGGCUACCCAGGAGAUGCAGGAGACCAAGGAGAAAGAGGAGAUGCAGGCAUAAAGGGGGAUCCUGGCCGGCCUGGUCGCAGUGGACCCCUGGGGCCCCCAGGAGAAAAAGGAAGCCCGGGACUUCCAGGCAACACUGGAGCUCAAGGGCCUGCUGGAGCCAAGGGAAGGAAAGGUGAAGUGGGACCUCCUGGACCCAAAGGAGAGGCUGGGCGGCGUGGAGAUCCAGGGACAAAAGGCAGCAAAGGCACUCCUGGAGGCAUAGGAGAAAGGGGAGAUCCUGGUCCAGAGGGUACACGUGGUCUGCCGGGUGAGGUUGGAAACAAAGGAGCCAGGGGAGAACAAGGACUACCAGGACCCCGAGGCCCUUCAGGUGCUGCGGGAGAGCCAGGCAGGAUAGGAUCACGUGGGGACCCUGGUGACUUGGGCCAAAGAGGUGAUGCUGGACCGCCAGGACCAAAGGGUGACAGAGGCAGGCCUGGCUUCAGCUACCCUGGACCCAGAGGACUUCAGGGUGACAAGGGUGAGAAGGGGCAGCCAGGACCUAAGGGAGGAAGAGGUGAGCUUGGACCAAAAGGAGUACAAGGGACCAAAGGAGAGAAGGGGGAGCCGGGUGAUCCUGGCCCAGGAGGAGAGCCUGGACAGCGUGGUCCACCUGGUGAAGCAGGCCCUGAGGGGACCCCUGGCCCACCAGGAGAUCCUGGUCUGACUGACUGCGAUGUGAUGACCUAUGUGCGAGAGACGUGCGGAUGCUGUGACUGUGAGAAACGCUGUGGUGCCCUGGACAUCAUGUUCGUUAUAGACAGCUCCGAGAGUAUCGGCUACACCAACUUCACCCUGGAGAAAAAUUUUGUCAUCAACGUGGUCAGCAGGCUGGGCUCUAUUGCCAAGGACCCCAAGUCACAGACAGGUGCCCGUGUUGGGGUGGUGCAGUACAGUCAUGAGGGGACUUUUGAAGCCAUCAAGCUUGAUGAUGAGCGCAUUGAUUCUCUGUCCAGCUUCAAGGAAGCGGUGAAGCGUCUGGAGUGGAUUGCUGGAGGCACCUGGACACCAUCUGCCCUUCAGUUUGCCUACAACAAGCUCAUCAAGGAAAGCAGGAGAGAGAAAGCCCAAGUGUUUGCUGUGGUGAUCACAGAUGGGCGCUACGACCCCCGAGAUGACGACAAGAACCUCGGGGCUCUUUGUGGUAGAGAUGUGGUGGUCAACACCAUCGGCAUAGGAGACAUGUUCGACCAGCCAGAGCAGAGUGAGACCCUGGUCUCUAUUGCCUGCAACGAACCCCAGCGAGUCCAGAAGAUGAGGCUGUUCUCAGACCUAGUAGCAGAGGAGUUCAUUGACAAGAUGGAGGAUGUGCUCUGCCCAGAUCCACAGGUCGUCUGCCCUGAGCUGCCCUGUCAGACAGAUGACAGGAACCCUGGGAGUGUAAACCCACUUAUUUUCCACCCCAUGGAAGAGGGAGUCAACAUAGAUUUCCCCAGCACCAUACACUCGAUCGCCCAGUUCCUAAACUCCACGCGGGAAUCCCGGGACCCCAGCAUGUACACCCAGCUGGUGGCCACUUUGGCCUUUACUGCCGAAAAAGCCAAGUUUGCCACUGGAAAUGAGCGGCAAGAGUGGAUGGACUUGUUCAUUGACACCUUCAAAAUGGUGCACAGUGAGAUUGUGGGGGACCCGGAGACUGUGCUAGGGCUGUGCUGAGACGUCUCUUGGGGGCCACAUGGAGGUGGAGGCUGAGUAGAGGUGAAACUCAUUGCUCCUGUGUGGCAGAGGAAACAGCACAGGGGAAGAUGCUUUUAGUUCAGGAGAGACAGAGGCAGUGGAAUGGCUUGGUUGCACUCAGCUGGGGACAGGACACAAGGAGCAGUUCCCUCCAGCUUGGCCACCAUGGUGGCUUUCCCCAGUAAUGUCAAGGAAUGCUCUUGCUCUGCCUCCUGCUUUUUUGCCAAGAGCCUAAUGAUGCAUUUUCCCCAUGCCUUCCUGCAUGUCCUUGUGGACCCCCUCCAAAGCAUCUUCUGCAUCCUCUCUCUCGGUUACCACAGGCUCUCUCUGGGUCCUGCAAGGCUGAAUAAGGAAGAUGCAUCCCUGCUCACCACAGUGUCUCUGUGUGGCCCCCCCUUGUGGGCAGCUGGGGGCGUGGAGGGAAGGAGCAAGCAGGAUGGGGGAGGGAGCAAUCCUCCCUUUCUAUAGGGAGCGCUGUCACCUGGGCAGUGCUUCUCUCAGAAGCUUUAUGGGCUCCCUUGGCCUUUUUGUCUGCUUGUACAUGUGUAUUUCCUCUGUCAUAAUCCACAACAUGUACCUGUCCAUAUACAAAAGGCAGAUAUUCUGUCACAUGGGACCAGGUGGUCCAAAGCAAAACUCCUUGACUGAUGUGAGUUGUUUAAAAGCAAGCUUGAUGUAGUAGAGCCCUCUCAAUCCACCUGCACUGCAGGUAUGUGUGUUUAGACAAGACCUGUUAUCUCCAUCCGCACAACUGCCCCUGGUUGCACAACGUCAGGCAGGCCAGUGCCAUUCCCAGCUCCAGUUUUACUGCUCUCAAGCUCUAUUUAGAGGUAGUGGGAUUUUGUGUGCAGACACAGGAGUAGAAGCGCUUACUCUGACUGACAUGGUAUUAUUGCAAUAAAGUAUACUGAGCAAAUGUCAUAUUUAAUGGGCAGAAGGGAGAUAUGCCAUCUUCAGGAAUGUGGCUGUAAUAUUUUUAGGUGUAAAAAGUGGAGACAGUUGCCAAGCUCAGCCAUUGGAAUUGCCCACUUUGCACUUACUGCAGUGCUCCCACAAGGUUUCAGCACUUUUUCCUCCCAGGGACAAGUUGCUCAGAGAACUCUACUGCUGUCAGUGCAGAAUAGAGGGAAAAGAGUUCUGAGGACUUUCCAUGAUGUGCUCUGUGUUUUAGGUGAAAGCAAAAAGAUCAGCCUCUGCCUGACUCUGGUCUUAAUUCACAUAUUCCAGAUAGUCUGUGCAAAGCCAAACUCCCUAUACUCUCUUGAUUUUUUACUGCAAAAUUAGUGUGACUUAGCCUGCUGGGAUGCAGGACUGAACUCAGAGUAGUUAAGCUGCUCCAGCCGUGAUGCCAGAGGAAAAGCUCCCAAACCCCACUGACUGGAAAAGAUCUCAGGGCUGGGAUAUUUUACUGAACAAAGAGAAAAUUGGGGAAGAGUUCAGCCAAGGGGGUGUUGAUUUUAUUUAAUUUCAUCACACAGUGGCCAUUUAUUCCUAGCAAAACAUUAGAAACAAAAUUUUUUACCUCUCAGAAACCUUCAGCUCUUUAUAGGUGGGGCAAGGGAGAAAAUGUCUCUUUGCAUGAGGAGUAUUUGUGCUUGUUCUUGUUAGAGGCAAAUGGGUGAAGGAGUGGUUUUUUGAGCAUAAUCCUAGCUAAUCCCUCUGAUAAAACCAGAUGGAUUUCAUCACAGUAGCAGUUCCUUCAGUGAAGCUCUUGGGCAAAGUAAGGACAGAUAAGAAGCUGUGUAAAGGAUCGUCCACACCUCCCCAAAGACAGGAGAGGCUGGGAAAGGGGGAAACCCCAGAAAGGUCUGGGAUGUCAGUCCCCACCUCACUUUCAUCUUUACUGUCAACACUGGGAAAGAAUAGAGGAAAUACAAGUUCCUCCGGUUUUAGAAGAAGCAGGAAGGUGAUGUGAAUGGGUGGGGUUGCUCUGCACGCACUAAUAGCAGAAAAAAAAUCAAUGAAAAAGAAAAAUCAA